AUCAUUCAAAGUAUGGCUAUCUUGUUAUGCGACAUACCCAAAGUGGCAUUCACGUGAUAAUUCGUCAACAAAACCGUAACAAAGACACUUUUUCUAUCGAAAUGAACUAUGGCUAUAGAUAUCUUCAUAGUGAGCUGCGCAUGUAUCCUACUUUCGGCACCACUGGUUCAUCUUAUUGUUCCGCCUAAGACACCAGUGUUAUCUGGAUUUGGAACUGCUGCUGUCGGCUCCUACCGUGAACUCGUCUGUGAUGCGUCUCAACCUGAUGCCGGGACCAUCACCUAUAAGUGGUAUAAAUACUCGGUGAAGUAUGGUGUAGAGAAUUGGGAACACAAAGGACCCAUUGGUACAAGUCAGAAGUAUAUCUUCAAUCCAGUGACUGAGAAGAAAGUGUUCCACGGUGUCACUGAAGAGUAUGUCAAAGGGAAGUACAAGUGUCGAGCAUCAAACUCAGCCGGAACAAGAGACAGCGAAUGGGGAGAUCUGUUUUUCUAUAAACCAUGUUCUUUGUAUAAUGUGAGUGUUUCACCACCCAAACCAGCUCCCGGAAGUACAUUCAUCCUCAACUGUUACAUACCCAAUCCAAAAGGUUUGUAUGUGCGGUGGUAUAAGUGGGCUGAUGCUUUAUCUGCUGCUACAUAUGAGGCAGGAGCAUAUAUGAAGGAAUGCCUUGCUCCAAGUAACCCACGCUACAGUUGGAGCAGCUGCAGUCCACCAAGCAUCUCAUCACCGACGAAGACAUUCAAUCUACAAGUCUCCAAUGCUCAGCCUUCUGCUUCUGGUUACUGGAGAUGUCAGGAUAAUGGUCUAAGCUGCUACAGUAACCCAGUCAAGUUAGUUGUGCAAGCGCCCCCAGGCACGCCACAGGUCACCGGUUUCCCAUCAGGACAAGUCAUUGCUGGAGCACAGCUCAACUUGAAGUGUGUGGCCUGGCCUCCUGGAGAUACCUACGAUUGGUACAAAGAUGGUACAAAGGUUACAACAUCAUUGACUUACGACUUCCAAGUGACGAAGGAGAGUGCUGGUGUUUACAAGUGUGUGGCGAGAAAUGGUGUCGUGUCUGCCAGUAGCACAGACAAGACAUUAGUUGUUUACUAUAAACCUGAUUCCGUUGUCGUGUCAUCGAGAAAGACCUCAUCCCAUGUUGGGGAAAAGGAUAACUUCACCUGCACAGUCUCUGGCGGCAACCCGACCCCGACCGUGAAGAUCUACUUAAAGAGGUCAGGCGGAGCACUAGUAGAGGUCACCCAAGGUCAAGACAGGGUGAUGGCUAAAGAAGACAACCAGGCUGAGUACUACUGCGAGGCGAAGGUCACUGGGUAUCCCCCCUUCGAUAUGACUUCAAGCAGGAAGACAUACACUGUCACAUAUAAACCUGAUUCCGUUGUCGUGUCAUCGAGAAAGACCUCAUCCCAUGUUGGGGAAAAGGAUAACUUCACCUGCACAGUCUCUGGCGGCAACCCGACCCCGACCGUGAAGAUCUACUUAAAGAGGUCAGGCGGAGCACUAGUAGAGGUCACCCAAGGUCAAGACAGGGUGAUGGCUAAAGAAGACAACCAGGCUGAGUACUACUGCGAGGCGAAGGUCACUGGGUAUCCCGUCUUGGAUAUGACUUCAAGCAGGAAGACAUACACUGUCACAUAUAAACCUGAUUCCGUUGUCGUGUCAUCGGGAAAGACCUCAUCCCAUGUUGGGGAAAAGGAUAACUUCACCUGCACAGUCUCUGGCGGCAAUCCGACCCCGACCGUGAAGAUCUACUUAAAGAGGUCAGGCGGAGCACUAGUAGAGGUCACCCAAGGUCAAGACAGGGUGAUGGCUAAAGAAGACAACCAGGCUGAGUACUACUGCGAGGCGAAGGUCACUGGGUAUCCCGUCUUGGAUAUGACUUCAAGCAGGAAGACAUACAAUGUAACCUUUAACCCAUCAAAGAUAACUUUGCUACGAAAACCACCGACAGUGAUCGACGAGGGGAAACUGAUCACGAUCAUCUGUGAGACAAACAGCGCCAACCCGGUUGCGAAUGUAACGUUCCACCGGAAGAGGAAAGGAGGAACCUGGGAGCAACUGACGUCGGGGAUAACAUCUGAAGACAGGGCGGCAGAAUACAAUGGCAGGAUUCGAAAGAGUACUUUGGUUGUGACAGCCAAUAGGUUGGUCACACAGGCUGUGUUCAAAUGCGAGGUUCGUGAUGGGUUAUUCCAGAUGGAACAGACAACUACAGUUAAAGUAUAUUCUGUCCCGACGUUUACGAUAACCCGUAACGGGAGACUGGUGACUGUGGUGUUCGUGCCGCAGAUUCGGGAGUACACAAGUUUCCAGCUCAAGUUCUGUGGGCCGAGUCAGACACCAAAAACGUCUGGAUGCGGCGGGGUUCGCUUCACCAUCCAUGAUCCAACGACAUCAACUUACAGAGUUAUUGUGACACACGAGACCACGAUCUAUGUUUUCUACAUGGAUUUGUAUAUUGGCGAUGAUGUUGUUUAUAGUUCUGGUCAAGUGCAUCCUGAACAGGCCGUGCCGGCUGGAAGCAGUCCUGAUGGUGGCAUGAUAGCUGGCGUGGUUGUCGCCGUCGUCAUCCUGGUAGCAAUGGUGGUGGUGGUUGUCGUCGUGCUACAUGGGAGGAGCAUGGCAUGCUUUGCUGGUCGAAAUAAACCCGAUGAAUCAAAUCAGGCUGACGGGAAAACUGGCACCACGCGAGCUGAUUCGGUAUUUUAUGAACCUUUACACAUGAACGUCGUCAACAGGGCAUUUGAAGGCGGCGAUACUCCACAUGAACCGGUUUUUGUGAAUUUUCCUCAACAGAAUCCCGUGGAAGCCUGAUGUGAUCGCAAGCCAGACGUAUGCUGAAUUGAAAUAUUGAAAAUCAAGACGGAAAAUGAAAGAAGGUUUCACACGAGUCCAGUUUGUGUCACAUAUUCAGAGUGAGACGAUAAAAUGACUUCUGUUUUUAUUGGCUCUAACAUUUUGUUAUUGAUUUACAAUGUAAAAUGGAGGCAAGCUUGUCACCGGGGACAGCUAGCCCUUCUGAAUGUACAUGUAUAUAUUUACCACUCUCAGUUUAUACGAGACAAGAGUUGUCACGACAUAUUUCAUGUAGUUAUCCACCAUUAUACACUAGACUUGUAAUUGCAUCAGUGCUGGCCGCAAUAGGUCGGCGUUGUGCUUUUUGCCACAACCCAUUCAUCUCAUCAUUCUCAGCCGGUGAAAUACAUUACAUCUGUCACUGGGUGCAGACCUCAAACACGUACUGAGAUAACUUGGAACUCGCAGGUUGAGUAUUUUCUAAAUAGGCCUACCAAUAAGGUUGGAUUCGCGUACAGUUGACGUUGUCGUUUAUAGAAUGAACAAGUCAUUUCUAUUGAGCGGACCACGACUACGAUGUCAUUUUCAUCCCUUCGUCAGGUGCAGUCAGUUAGCAAACAUGCUCGUGACGAGUGAAAUGUGAACCGUGACAAUGUGAAUCCAAUGCAUAUCUGGCCUAAGGUCAUAUUUAUCUAGGGGUUGCGUUAUUACUUGUAACUCAAGUCAUUUCCGAAGAGCGUGCUUCCAGUGGUUCGAGAUGUCACUUUUCACUCGCUCAGUUGUCGGGCCAUGUCCCGUUGUGAAGCUGAAGUCAACUAAUGAACAUGCUCCUGACAAGUCACAUCGACACGUGAGCCUUGACAAGUAACUACGUGUAUCCCGUUUAAACUCGGUGUAACAUCUCACAUCGUUUCCCAAUAUUUCAGUGUUUCCACAAUAGACGGCAGAGACACACAUGACUUUUAAUUGAUGAAAACGUAGAAAAACGUGUCAAACUCUCUUUCCGCGUUCCAAAACAAUAGGGGGUAACGCUUAGAAACGAAAACACCCAAAACCGUUACAGCAGCCCUGCAGAAAAACCCUCCCCCCCCCCCCCCCCCACCCCAUCACGCGCCAUGGAGUUCGACUAUGGUUUUCAUGUUCCUACCAAAAGAACAAUUCGAAGAGAGAUUUCGAAAACUGUCAAUAAUCCACUAUUGUUAAAUCCUAUAUCUAUUAUUCGUUUGUUUUAAUGCUAUAAACUGGCAGUGGCUAAAUUAUCAUAAAUACUAGUACAUGUAGUUUGUGUCAUCGCUCUCCAGUAUUUCAAUAUUAUAUUCAAGAAUAAAGAAUAUCCUAGUUUACUUGCCAUCGCUAGCAGUUAAUUAACAUUUGCUGUGCACUUCUUUAAUAAUCUCGACUCAUUGCUUUAUAAUUGUAUUCGUUUUAUAUAUUCAUGAUAGGUACAUGUAAGUUUUAUGUAAAUUUGAAAUUUAUAGAAAAUAAAACUUACUUUUAAUCA